GUAAAUCUUUAGUUGUUACUCAGAACAUGGCUUUGGAUAUAAGGGAUUAUCUUGCCAAGCUGCUCCAGAAAAACAUUUUACUCAAGCAAGGAGCAGUUAAAUUGUUGAACACACCCUCUAUAACUCAUUCAGCAAGAUACCAGGCACAACAGGAGUUUCAAGAAGCACAAGAGCAAAUUGUGCAACUUGAAAAACAGCUCGAGCUGUUGGAACGGCUACCACAAUUCUCUAGAAAAGCUGGUAUUCCAAGUGCUAAAAAGCCUGCCAAGAACUCCGAAACUUCCACAACAUAUUUGACCCCUAAAGCUGUCACACCAGAUGUCCUUAAUAUAACCGGCUCAGCAACAUCUGCACAAAACCGGUUAGAUACAAUGAUUGAGGCAUUAAGAUUUGAGAAUGACCCAAGAAGACAAGUUGAACUAACUAAUCAAAUAUGCAGUUUGUUAAUCUCCUCUGAAACGAAAAACGUCAGGUAUCCUUCCAUGUCGGUGAUAAUUCCGAUUAUAUGGCCUAUGUUGAUGUCCAAACAUAAGCCAGUUAGUGCCUGUGGCUACAAACUUUUGAGGUACUUUAUGACCUCCCAUGAUGACGUUGUCAUUGUGUUUUAUCUCUAUCACAAAUAUCAUCAUCAUGACCGAUACUAUUACUUUCCCUACUAUGAUUAUAGUAAAAUCCACAACCAACAAUACAUUAAUGAUACUGAAACAGACUUAUACGAUUUCUUCAAUUACUCAGAUUUAUACAAGCCAGAAAGCCACUACAAUACAUCAGAAAGAAAUGACUUUAAUAUUAAAGCCAGAGAAACUAGGACUGUAAGCUCAAAGCUAACAUUACCUUUGGUAUCUGACAAUACUGUAAAAAAAUGGUGGCCAUUGAUUUUUCUGAUUGUCUCAACAUUGGUAGAUGAUAAGGGUACUGACGUAUCCGAAUGCAUAAAGUUUAUAAGGAAAGUGAUUGAAUUGAAAGGUAUUAGGUUUUUGGGGUCCUUGAGUAUCCGGGUCUCGGUAGCUCUUGCCGAAUCUGUUAUCGCUUCCAUAUCACUAAAGCUAAACAAUUUUCAGAACUUUACUCCAAGCACCUUGGAAUCAAUAAAGCUAUCCAUCAACUUAGUUGAAUGUUUAUGUGAGGUUGUUGUUGCCGAUUCAAAACUUGCAUUUGAAACAAAGGUGAUAAAAUUUUUGAUACAAAUAUUGAUUGAUCCUCCUUUUACUGUUACGCAUCAUCAGUUAACCAAUAUGGCAAACUCUUCAGCUUCUUCUGCAUCGGAGAUCACGAUGACCAUAAAUAUGAUUAAUAAUGCAGUGAAGAACAUAUCCACAAUUCCGUUGCCUGUAAUUAUCAAUUUAUUGAGAAUUCCAAAUACACGAAAAUAUUUAGUCGACUGUGGUUUUAUUCCUCUUUUACUGUCAGCCUUAUUGGAUCCGCCUAUUUUAGCUAUAGCAAACACAACAAUCUCACCAAGUCAUGGUCAUAUGAACUCCCCAAAGAUGCAGCAUCUUGCUAGUAUUUUGAGCGUAGUGAUGUGCACAUGGUCAGGGUUAGGUUUACUUUUAGAAAAUGAUGCAAGGUAUUUGAGGGUGCUAAUCGAUGGAUUAUAUUCUGAGCAAGUGUAUGUUAGAACUGUGGUUAUGAGUGUUAUUGCUGGUGGUCUUCGAAUUCGUAAGCUUACUGCUUUAACGGGUAACCAUGAUAGCUAUGAGUUAUGGGAUUGGGAAAGAGCUUUCAUUGCUGCCAACGGCUCAUCGAAGACAAAAGAAACUGUAAAUCCAAAUGACCUUAAUUCUUUGAACGUUAUGAAAAAUUUCAGUCUUGCUGAUAUCAGAACUAAAUUAGGUGGAAGAUGCUGUCCAGAAUAUGAGGACAAUAUAGUAAAUCAGUUUACCGCGAUCUUUUUGCAAUCCUGUUUGCAGUGUGGUUUGAUAGAUGUUUUGAAAACGUUAUUCAACAGUUUUGAGAAUGAUAAAAGAGCAACCAGGUGGAUUGCCUUGCUAUUAUCGGAAAUCUUGUAUUUGCGGAGCAAAAUAAUUCCCAGUCAGAUUGAGUUUGAUUAUACUAUCAGCUUGAAAAUGAACAGAUUGAUUGAGCGUGAAUCACGGAAGCAUGCUAAAUUGAAUCAAAAAGUCAAAGAUGAAAUCAACAUAAAUACCAAUCAAUUGAUCAAGAAAUCUGAAAUUGCCGCAAAUGGGUCAGAGUUGGCAAUUGUAAGUAUAUUCCUUAAAACUACAACUAUCUCAUCAUUGCAUCCAUUUAUUAAUUUACCAGCAUCAUCUGCGCCAUUACUCGAUCAGGUCACACUAGACAACAUUUUACAAGAUUUGAAAAACAUUCCGGACGAUGUGGACAUCAGACCGAUAAUAGUUCAAACACAUCUACCCGCUACAAAGGAAUACAGAGAAUGGAAUUGGGCACUGAUAAGUGUACUAGUAAGAGGUAUUCUCUGGAAUGAUGCAAAGUUUGAGGAGACCCUGAAAACAACGAAGUUUUUCAAAAGGUUAAUAUCAUUUUACAAACCGCAAAAGGCUGGAUUUGUCCAAGUGGUUUACUACUCGACGGGACCUAUUCCUGGAUUCACAGAUCGUCGUCAGCCACUUGACGUAGAUUUUUUCUUGAACAGAGGCAAGGAUAGCAAAGACAGAGACAGAGAUAGAAGAAUUAGCAGGAAGCAACGAGAAAAGAUGGCCGAGAUGUAUGUCGAUGUUGGCAUUGCUUUAAUUCAGCUACUUUUGUCAAAGCCAGAAGGAGCGGAAAUAUUGAGGGCCAGUGGUAUCAUCCAAACUGUAUCCACCUCAUUAUUACGUGUAUCGGGCGUUUUCAUAAAUGGUCCGGGAAAUGAGCCUGGCAAAAACUGGGAGGCAGAUAAUGUCCCAGAUAGUGGUGGUAGUGGCAACCGAAAUUUUGCAGGCUUCUCUCUGGAUCAUCACGAUAGCAUGUCCUUGUUCAAUCCAAAUGAAGCUACUACUGCAGCUGGAGCUGCAAGUAACGAUAUGCAUGUUUCAAAAUCAGGUUCCGGUAUAGGUGAAUCUUCAGCAUCUGCAUCUACAGCUUCUACAACUAAUGCUAUUAGUGGCAGCUCUGGUGGAACUGGUAUAUCAGGUAGUUUUGGAUUUUUUGAUUCUCCAGGAGAUAAUGAUACUAUCAUUGAUGAUAGCAAUAUUCUGAAAAUGAAGAAAGAAGGGUUGUUUGGGCCUACAAGAUUAUUCAGUACACUUGCCUGGGGAUAUAUUCGAUUUAUUGGAGUUUUGAGCUCACAUCCUGUUGGUAUUGUUAUCAUGGAAGAGUACGGUGUUGUGGACGCACUUUUUAGGUUGGUGCAGACUGGGCGGGACAACUUUACUAGUAUGAAACAUAGCAACGACCAAAAUCAAAAUAUUGAUAUGAUAAGAUUCAUUAUCCAAGAAAUUGAUUUCAGGAUCAGUGGGCAACUAAGAUUUUUGAUUGAAAAAGUUGCAGCUGUUGGAGAUGAAGAUGUUAGAGUGGAAGUAGUUGAAAGAAUUAUUGGUGAAUUAUGCUCUUUGAAAAAAGUAAAUGAUAAUAACGAUUAUACUAUCGAGAGAUGGUGUGUUGGGUUGUUAGUUAGACAAAGUUAUGAUUUCAGUCUGAAAGUUUCGCAAUUAGCCGUAAAAGGAUUGAUCAAAUAUGUUGAGGAUGAACGUAGUGUUGAUAUACUACUUUCCUUCAAUCCCGAUUUGGGAGAUAUCAAUGUCAACAUGAACGUUAGAAUUGGGAACAAAAUGUAUGGAGGAGUAUUAUUGUGGAAAGUAUUAGGAUACGAGCGUGGAGUUGAUUAUGUGAACUCAAGAUCGAGCGGGCUUAUUGAACAAAUUGUUGAAGGAUGGGCUGAUAGUCGGCGGGAAUGGGUGAAUAAGUUAGAGACGACAACGUAUAAGAAAAUGCGUGGCAUUGUUAUUGAAGAGGAGGAAAGAUACGACUAUUUUGAACUUUUCCAGCGUUUGGUUAAGACAGAAAAAGGUGUCCAAUGCAUUGUCAAUUCUGGAAUUAUCCAGCAUUUUGUGCGUGUUAUCCUAAUAUAUUGCAAGUUCCUAAAGAUGGGAAUUGAGAAAGAAUUGUAUGGUUUAGGUAAGCGGAGAAGGUAUGCCGGGAAAACAGAACGUGUGAAGAAAGGACGGAAAAGUUUUGCUGGUUCCAAGCCCGGAUUCAUCCAGAGUGUUGAAGAUCGGAAGAAGCUUAUUGGUAAACGCCCUGUAUGGUACGAUAGCAGUGACACUGACUAUGAGGACCAGAGCCGAAGGAACAGUGCUGAAGAGAGCCACAAUUCCACCCAUGGUGGCGAGCUUCGAGACGCGGAUCAAGAGGGAGAGGAACCUGAAGAAACAGAUAGAGAAGACGACCCUGAGGAUAGCUACAAGGAAGAUAAAGAGCAGCAGGAUGAGAAGGCGUACAUUCGGAGGUGGGAGGACAAAUGGUUGAAUGACGAGGCGGAUUCGCAGGGCUUGAUUGAAGAGACGAAGUGUUCUAUCUGGGCUCUCGGGUAUCUUGGACAGACUGACUCUGGUAUUUUUGCCAUUGAAUCUGUUCUUGAGAAUGUCAUCGAGGAGAAGAAUAAAGCCAGGAGCCGAAGAAGGGGCGAGGUGAGAGGGAGAGGGAGAGCCAAGGAACCCCACACUGGUGACAGUUCUCGGCACAAGUAUGACGAUUACAGCGACUGUGACGAGGAAGAAGAGGAGGGUGAGAGUGAGGGCGGGUCGCCUGAGCGUGCAAAAGGAGCCGGAGGUGGGGACGGCGACGUCGGGAGUAGUGGGGAGAGAGAGUAUGACGCGGAGGAGAGUGGCAGCGAGGACGAGGAGGUGCUGUUUGACGAGGACGAGCACUACGAGAACCGCAAGGGCUGGUUUGCGGAUCGCAGCGAGCGGUACCGGGACAACAAGGACAUCAUAGAGAACUUCAUUGAGAUCUACAAGAACAGCAUCAACUGGGAGCUACGCGGCAGCUGCAUCACUGCGAUCGGCAAGAUCAGCGAGUGUGAGAUGGGCUGCGAGAUUCUCGAGGAGUCCAACAUCGAGAGCAUCCAGCGGGACGAGAGGGAGUGCGACGGGCGGGGGAUCCGCGUCAGCUUGAGCAAGGAAGGGUUGAUUGGCUACGAGCAGAAGAAGCGGGUGAGCGAGAUGAUUCGGCGCUGGAAGCGGGAGAACGGCGCCGGUGGUGAGGGGAGACGGACGGAGGGAGAUGCUGGGGCACGCGGCGGCGGGGACGCCGGUGUCGAUGACGCCGGUGGUGACAGCAAUGGCGGCAGCCACGCCGUGGACUACCCCGGCCCCAACGACAACGGCCAUGACGCCAGUGUCGACGGGGCACAAGCCCCGGGUGGCGGGGAACCGCUCCGCGAGGGCCCCGCGGCUGCCGAGAUGGGGGUGGACCAGAUCAUCCGAGCGGUCUUGCACAUGACGGAUCUGCAGGACGCUGAUGAGGACGACGACGACGGCGGCGACGAUGGCGAUGGCGAUGGCGAUGGCGCAGACCCGGCCGGGGAUGGGGCAAACACAGUUCCCGGGCACGACGGGGACGCUCCGGACACCGGGCCGACCCACGACCCUGGCCACGGUCUCCGCCAACGUCUGCUGUCCCGGAGUUCCGCCGACGACGGGCCAGGGCCAGGGGCAGACGUCGGGCCCCGAAACGAGGCCCCGGCCCGCCUGCUCGGAGACCUGCGCCACGCCGGCGACGACGCCGGCGGAGUUGGCGGUGGCGCAGCACGCGCCGCCGCCCCGGCCGAGACGCUGGGCACGGAGGAGCUGCGCCGCCGGCUACGCGAGCUCUGUGGCGGGCGGGCGCUGAAACGGCUGCGGGCACGGGCGCGGGCCGGGGCGGGCUCCGUGGUCGGGCGCGUGGCGGUGCAGGUGCUUUUUGCCGUCGUGGCGGCGGGGCUAGUGGUGCUGAAAAGCGGGGUGUUGCGCUUCCUUGUGGCGGAGCUGGAGCUCGGCAGUAGUGGUAGUGCCGGGGCCGGGACGGUCGGCAACAGGGGCUGCGGGCGCAGCGGGCGCAGACGCAGAGGCCGCGGAGAGGGCGGAGGCCGGCUGUAG